UGUCCCUCGGACACAGCGGAUCACCGAUCACAGAAAGAGCUGAAGAUGCCGGCUCGGUCAUGUGAUCAGCUGUGCCCAAUCACAGCUGAUCACUGAUCAUCAGGGCACUGAUGAUCAGUGUGCCCUGAUGAUCAGUGUAGCCCCAGAAGUGCCACCUGUCAGUGUCCAUCAGUGCUUUGUGUCAGUGCUCAUCAGUGCCUCGUGCCAGUGCCCAUCAAUGCCACAUAUCAGUGCCCAUCUGAGCUGCCUUUCAGUGUCACCCAUCCAUGCCAGUCAGUACCACCUAUCAAUGCCAAUCAGUGCCGUGUAUCAGUGCCACCUACCAGUGUCCAUCAGUGCA